GGGCUUGCUAUGUCUGACGUCACUUGCUGCGUGGAGGAGUAUAGGCUGUGCUGUCAACCCUGUGUCAGUCUGAUGAAGAUUGGCAUGCAGGCUCUUGGUGAAGAGUUGGACCCUGGGCCACUGUGCAAACACGAGUGAAAACCACCGUGCUGCUGUGGGCCAGCUAACUUCUCAAUGUGACGCUAUCCCAUGAUACAACAUGUGUCACCGGCAUGACCUGCACUGAUUAUGAUGGCCACCCAUCGCGUUCCUCCACCGUCGUACCAGGAGAGCCAACAGAUGACGGGCACAACCCAGCAGAACAACAAGACCCCACAGGUCCAUAUCCCAGCAGCCCCUACAGGAGGAAAUAACUCUGUCAGUGUGACCCUUGACCCACAAACCCAACUUGAAUCUGACAAGAGGGCUGUUUACAGACAUCCGUUGUUCCCCCUGCUGGCGUUGUUGUUUGAGAAAUGUGAGCAGGCUACACAGGGAUCUGAGUGCAUCACGUCUGCCAGCUUUGAUGUCGACAUUGAAAACUUUGUUCACCAGCAGGAGCGGGAUCAUAAGCCUUUCUUCAGUGAAGAUCCAGAGCUGGACAACUUGAUGGUUAAAGCUAUUCAAGUGUUGCGGAUCCACUUAUUGGAGCUCGAGAAGGUCAAUGAACUCUGUAAGGAUUUCUGCAACCGAUACAUCACCUGCCUCAAAACCAAGAUGCACAGUGACAACCUCCUCCGUAACGACCUGGGGGCACCCUAUUCUCCUACGCACACCAAUCUCAGCAUGCAGCAGGAACUAAAUCAGACCUCCUCUCCGUCCAUGACCUCUGUGUCCAACCCUGUCAACCCUGCAGGGAUUGUGGCACCCAGUGGGGGUUUGCAGCAGGGCAAUGUUUCUAUGACGACCAUCAACUCUCAAGUGGUAUCGGGUGGGACGCUGUAUCAGCCGGUUGCUAUGGUGACAUCACAAGGACAAGUGUUAACGCAGGCACUGGCACCGGGAACCAUUCAGAUCCAGAACUCACAGUUAAAUGUCGAUCUGUCAGCCCUAUUGGACAGCGAAGACAAGAAGUCAAGGAAUAAGAGGGGGGUCCUUCCCAAACAAGCCACUAACAUCAUGCGCUCAUGGCUCUUUCAGCAUCUUAUGCACCCGUAUCCAACAGAGGACGAGAAAAGGCAAAUUGCAGCACAAACAAGCUUGACACUUUUGCAAGUGAAUAACUGGUUCAUCAAUGCUCGCCGGCGUAUCCUCCAGCCUAUGCUGGAUGCCAGUAACCCUGACCCAGCUCCUAAAGCAAAGAAGAUGAAGUCCCAGCAUCGUCCCACCCAGCGCUUCUGGCCCGAUUCCAUUGUGGCUGGAGUUUUGCAAACGCACAGAUCUCAAACAGGAAAUAAUUCAGACGAUCCACUUAGCCUGGACAGCCUCCAGUCGCUGUCAUCGGACUCUGCCACUCUGGCCAUGCAGCAAGCCAUGCUUGGAGCUGAUGACUCCAUGGAUGGCACGGACGACGAGGAUGAAAAUGAGGAGGAGGAGGAGGAGGGGGAAGAGGAAGAGGAAGGAAUGGAGGAGGAGGAGGAGGAAGAGGACGGAGAGAAUGAAAUCAAUACGGGGAGGCCGAUGCCCACCGGAGGAGCGGGAAGAAGAGAUGUGAGCAUAGAGCACAGAGAGGAACUGGAAUAGUCGGAGAGGAGAGAGACACGAAGACGUUGACCUCACUUGGCCCAUCCACACGGCGAAUUUCCGAUUCCAACCUAAUAUGGCACCGUUGCCAUAUUUAAUAUGCACGUCCAACAAGUGUUCGAAAUGCCAAUCGUCCCAACAAUUUAGCUCGACGAAAUGCGGUUACCAACUGUAAUUACAUCACUUUGCAAAAGCAAGGCUUAGUCAAAAAGUGAGAGGAGACGAAGGCAUGCUUUUGAAAUACCUGCACAAUCCUCCUUCAUCCCUGUUAAAAUCUUCCGGAUUCUCAGGUCGAACAAAACACUGAGCAUUUUUUUUUCUUCCACUUCAACGUAUUCGAGCUUGCCGAAAGCCUUUUAAGCAUGAUCUUUGAACGUUCGGUUCUCCAUAAGCAAAUCCAAUGUAGUAGGCAAGUGUCUUGAUGAGUGAAGGUGUGCAGAUUUUUUUUUUUUUUUUUUUUUUUUUUGCUUUCGGUUGUUUGUUUUCGUUUGGGGCUCAGAAGAUAAGCUCAAGCAACAUGACAAUGAUGGCUGUCUGCAGUGUCCUUCGAGAUCUGCUUUGCUCUUUUAGGUGAUUAUUGUAUGUUGCUUUUCCGAAAGGGGAGCGCGGCAAAAGUUACCAACCCCCCGCAAACUUUUUCCCACGUCAGUUGGAAUCACACAAUCAGUCGAGGAAUUUGGAAUCUCCGACUGAAUAAGCCAUGGUCAUCUCCGGACGGACUUUUCAUUGAAAGAAAAUCAUUUUGAUGAAGAUGAGGGACUGAGCAAGUCGUGGAAGAAAAGUCUGCCGUGAAUUCAGUUUUAUGUGAAGGAUUUUGAAGAGACUGGUAAAGGGUUUUCGUUCUGUUUUUGUACUCAACCACGAAAAGGGAUUCACUAAUUUGGAUUGUGAAGGUGUCUAAAAAAAAAAAAAAAACGUGUUAUAUUUAAUGUUGAGUGGUGACUGUGAAAUCUGUUGCUCAUUAAUAUUAUUUUCUCAACUGCUUUUUUAAAACUCGAUCUUCCAGCGCAAGUGAUAGACAAAGGGGGAAUAUUUAUAUUUCAUUUGUACACUUCUUGUCAUAAUCUACUGUGUUUCAAUAGACCAAUUUUAAUAAUUAAAAUAUGUAACUGGACA